AUGCAGGAAAAGAAAGUCCCGGCAUAUGCGCCAAAUCAAUCACUGUACAUCACCAACCUCCCCUCGUCGAAAAUCCAGAAAGAAGACUUGCGAAGAGAGCUCUACAUCCUGUUCGCUACCUAUGGCCCAGUCCUCGAUGUAGUCGCCUUACGGACAAUGAAGAUGCGAGGUCAGGCGCAUAUUGUUUAUCGGGAUAUACAGACGGCAACCCAGGCGAUGAGAUCUCUGCAAGGAUUUGAGUUCUUCGGCAAAGAAAUGCAAAUACAAUAUGCCAAGUCAAAGUCAGACAUGAUUGCAAAGUUGGACGGUACGUUUAAAAUGCCAGCUGCCGCGGCGGGAGCUGUUACUGCUACGGAAUUACAGCAAAGUAUUUUCAAUGCGCCACCCUCCGCCUCUACCGCAUCAAAUACCACUGGAGCAACUAGCGGAACUUUGAAACCACCUACUGGGAGUGUGGACCAUGCUAUGGAGGAUGCGAGGAGCCCGACCACAAGUGCUGCUGGCCAGAAACGGAGGAGAGAUGAUGAGGAGGAAGAAGAUGAUAGCGAGGAGGAUGUUGCUAUGGAAGAAGACAGUGACGACGAGUAG